AUGUCACAGCUUACGUAUUUAUUACCAUCAUCUCAAGGAUGGCUUUUGACCUUGUUGUCGUCGGUUUUAUGUGUUUCAGGCACUUUGAUCAUCUAUUUUGAUAACUUUUAUUACUUUGUUUUUCCCAAAUUUAUUACCUCAAGGUAUCCAUUCCAUUUAAAAGAAAACUACUCGUUUCUCAAUGGAUCAUUGGCGUUAAGUUCUGGUUGCUUGAUUUUUACUUCCUUGUACAAGUUGCUACCAGAAGCAACAAAGUAUUUUGAGAGACUGAUUAUGGAUGAAAAGGAAGACGGUCCGUCAGUCAUUCCAAAGAGCACGAAAAGAAUGUUGCAAUUGUAUUUGAUGGUGAGUUAUUUUGGUGGGAUUACAAUUUGUUCCGUAUUCAAUAUUGUGUUGCAUAUGUUGACUAGUGAAAGUAUAGUGCAUUGCAAUCAUGGUAACGACAUUCACGUUGAAGAAGACGAACACGGUCACGACCAUUAUGAUGGUGAUAACGAAGGAGGAGACAGAGAAGAAGAAGAAGAAGAAGAAGAAGAAGAAGAAGAAGAAGAAGAAGAAGAACCAGACGAAGCAGAAGUGGUAGAAGUGGUUGGCCAUUAUCGUGGUUAUCCUCAGUUGUCAGAAUCCGAAAUGCGUGAUCAACAUAAGCAGCAGCAACAACAACAAUCAAAAUUUCCGGAUGAUUUAGUUCAAGAGAGCCAUUACCAUUACCAACCCCAUAAACUGAAUGCAUCGCAUUUGGAGCUGCAAAUUCACGAAACUACCCCAUUAAUUAGAAAAUCGUUAAAGGCGAGGAAAUCAUUAAUGGGAUUGUUUCUCACCCAUCUUGAUAAAGAAGAUUCUGCGGGUGAAUGUAAGGGUUAUUCGUCAGCAGAAAGAUGUGAGCAUUUUAAUCACGAACAUGGACAAGAACAUGUACUUCACUACUGUGAAUUACCUGAGUUGACCAGUGAUCAUUGUUCUAACGAAGCAGCUGAUCAUGAAGAGAUGAGAGCAGAAACAUUGGAAAGGCCGUCCUACGAGACACUUACACAUUACUAUCACCACCCCAAUCGCAGCCGCAGCUACAAUCACUUGUACCCACUGAAUCAACUGCACCACCUGCAUGAAGCCGAUCACCAUCAUCAUGUCAAUUCCCCAUUAUCUAGGUUACUCUUGAUAGGUAUCCAAACAACUUUGGCGAUCACACUUCAUAAAUUGCCAGAAGGUUUUAUUACAUAUGUGACAUCAGAGGCGAAUCCAAAUUUGGGAGUAUCUAUUUUCAUUAGUCUUAUACUUCAUAACUUCACUGAAGGGUUUUCAAUGUGUUUACCGUUAUACUAUUCCAUGUCAAAAACAUCCAAAUAUGCCAAAAUUAAGGCUGUUGCAAUAAGCUCAAUAUUAGGAGGCCUUUCGCAACCCAUGGGCGCACUAAUGGGAUAUUUAUUUCUCAAGUUCAACUCGCAUAAACGUGACUUGAACCGUUUAGACUUUAUCUUUGGCACUACAAUGGCAAUGACCAGUGGGUUUCUCACGGUUGUUGCAUUGUCCAUGUACGGGAGCGCCGUAUCUUUUGAAUGGACACCAUCGAGACUAGCUACCACCGUCAAUAGAGUAUCUUCGACACCAGCUGCCACCGUCAAUAGAGUAUCUUCAAUACUUUCCAUAAGGUAA